GGUUCGUUCUCUAGCGUAUCUGCGUCUUUACCAGCAACACCACGUCGUACCUCAGCGAGCCCAUAUUUCUCGCUUUCAGAGAACAGAACAACAUCGAGCCCUAAUUUCCGACGCAUCGGAUCUUCUACAGGCGAAUCAUCCACAUCUCACCAAUCCUCUGAUGCUGGAACUCAGUCUGAUCAUUCUUUAUCUCUUUCUGUUCUUAUGAAUGGUACAGACUCACCACAGAAUGAGAGUAAAGAUAGUGUUGAACCAUGGGAAGCAUUCAAGUGGACUCCACUACUAAAAAUAUCUGAACAGCUGUACUCGGAUUCUGUUAGAAAAAAUAGUGGUCUACUGACAGUGCUUGCAGUUAGUGGUGUGAUAGCUAUUGGAACUACCCGGAGUCUAGUGUUUGUAUAUGAUUAUUCUCAAAAUCUGAAGUGUGUUCUCGGUGAUAGUGCACGAGCUGUAGAAGUCGGAUCUGUUACCUCACUAGCCAUAUCAGCCGACCAUACAACGAUUGCUUGUGGAUACAGCCAAGGCUAUAUAAUUGUUUGGAAUAUUAAAAAGCCGGCUUAUCCUGUACGAACCAUCGAUCCCCUCCCGGCUAGUCAACUGGCUGGCGCAUUGGCUUCAAAUGCGGUUGGUCCACAACAAACACCUCUAAGGAAGGAAGGUCAUAUAAAGGGUGCUGCGAUUCUUCACAUAGGAUUCAUUAGUAUCAAAAAGUCGGAAAUUGUCUCGGCCGAUGACCAGGGAAUGGCUUUCUACCAUUUACUUUACAAGGUUGUUAUGGUCAAUGCGGUAGACACAACCCGGAUAUUGGGAAGAUAUCAGAAUAUAUCCUUUUCUUCAGACCCAGCUUAUUCUUCCGCGGCAUCAAGCAGACAAUAUGGGUCACCUAGUGAUGAUAUACCAGUUAUACCCAAACCAAAGAAACCCAGUACGGUAUUUGGGAUGCAACCCCUUCCACUCGGGCAUAUACCACACCCGGCCGAGAGUUUUGGAUUGGUCGCACUCUUAACCCCAUACAAAAUGAUUAUCGUAGGUCUCAAGCCGACACCUCAAACACAAUUCAAAUUCCUGAAGCCAAAAUAUCUCCAUUCUACUGAACACGCCGACAGUCUUUCUGGCUGUCUUGCUUGGCUUCCAGUAACCAAAACUGGGAUGCACGAUGAAGGAGAACCCCAAGAUUCUCUUCCUUCAACGGAUCCUAUGCUUGCAUUCUCUUGGGGGUAUCACCUAUUUAUUAUCCGUGUUGGAGUAGAAGCUGCUGACUCAAAGCAGCAGAAUGGCAACAGGGCAAACAGAAAUCCAAUAGGAAACAAGCCAAAGAAAGGCAAUAAGCUUGAAUUUAUUAAGCUAGGAGAAUGGGAAUGUGGAGAUCCUAUUGUUGGGCUUCAGUGGAUAAACAGACAGAUCCUUGUCUUAUUUACACCCAACGAAGAGAUGAUCUUGUUUGACCCAAAAAAUAUGAGAGAAACAGAAAGAGCAAAUAUUCGGAACAAGCAGCUAGUCUACCACGACUGGUUUAACAAUCCGCUUAAGGAGGUAGCCAGUGAGACCAUAGUACAAAUCCAGAAACCAGCUCUUGGAACAAACAACACCAUUGUUACUCACAAAACUAUUGAAAUGGCAUACUAUCACUCAUUGAAAGGUUACAAAGGCAAAAUGUUCCUUUUGGGACUGCGCCAAAUAUUUGUUGGCACUCUCUUGUCUUGGGCAGAUCGUAUUCUCGCUCUUGUAAAAGCAGGUGAUUUCCUUGAAGGUAUUGAACUUGCAACCUUAUUUUACAAUGGGCAACGUAUACAGACGGUCGUUGGACUUCCCGAAGACGAACAGGCUCGUAAGAAGCUUGUUGGUGAAAAGCUGAUGGAGCUUUUGGUGGCCUCUCUUAAUUACGCUUUCUCUUCCAAACGCACCUAUGAAGGAAUGACGGAUGACAUCGCGGGGGGAAACUCGAUUCUUUUUCAUGAUUUGGCAGACGGGUGUAUGAAAGCAUGCUUAAGCAUGGGAAAACUCGAUUUUCUUUUUGAUACAGUGUACGAACGUUUUGCCGCAUCGGGCGUAAGAGGCGUUUUCUUGGAAGUAUUAGCGCCCUAUAUUGUAGACGACAAGAUGCCAGACAUACCACCCUCUAUUAUGAAAGAUUUGGUAGAACAUUACAGCGAGAAAAAACUACUUGGUCAACUUGAACAAGUAAUUUGGCAUGUAAAUCCUCAGUGUUUGAGUAUUGACCAGAUUGUCAGUAUGUGUCAUCGCGAGGGUCUGUAUGAAGCUAUGAUGUACGUCUGGAACAAGAGUAUGAAUGACUACGUCAGUCCUGUGGUAGAAAUGCUCAAGGUUAUCCCCAAUCCAGCGCAGCGAUCCCGUGUUUCUAGUGGUGAGAGUAGAGUUUGGCCACGCCCCUCUCCUGAAAAUAACUUGAGACAAAAUACUGAAAAACUAUUCGAAUACCUCAAGUCGGUUUUGCGAGGCCGGUCAUUUCCAGACGAUCUUCAGAUGAUAGGCUCACGAGCAACAGAGGCAAAGAGUGCUGUUUAUUCUUUUGUUUUUUCUGGAAGAUGCGUUGUUUGGCCGCGUAUUGGUGGAAAACUUGUAUUAACAACAACGGAAGAUGAAGAAAUGUCGGAGCCAACCUACCCUUACUUGCGACUCUUACUUAGAUUCAACACCAAAAAGUUCCUAGAAGCACUUGAGGUUGUGUUUGAAGAUCCUUGGCUCAAUGGAGGAGAAGAUAUCUUAACUUCGACAUUCGAGGAUGAGUUGCCAGGAAAAGUUAUCUCUCGACAAAUUAUCGUCAGUACAUUGUUGGACGUCAUGGGAGGAGGGCUGUCUGCAAACUACGACUAUGCCUCUAGUGAUAAUCUGGUUCAGCUUUACAUGUUUAUAGCCAAUAAUCUUCACAAAUACACAACCUUUAUCUUACUUCCUCCCAAAACAUUGAACAAGAUUUUGGUUCGAUUGGCAGAAGAGCCCAGCACUGAUACACGGGAAGAACGACAACUAGCUGUCCAGAAUUUACUUAAUAUUUAUACACCUGUCAACGAGGAACACAUGUCAACACUUUACGAGGAGGCGGGUUUCUGGAAGGUCCUCACGAAUGUGUACCGACGUGACAAAAAAUACGGAAAGUUAGUUGAGGCAUACCUGAAGGAUGAUGAACGGAGAAAUAUGGUCUUUGAAUGCGUACAAGGACUUUUGGGCAAUCGCUCCAACCUCAACAUCAAGCAAAAGAACGAAGUGAAAAGUGUUAUAAUGAUUCGGAUAUCACAAUUUGUGGAAAUAGAUGGUCAAAAAACUGCGUUUAUUAUUGAAAAGUUUUUUAAUAACGAGCAUGCAAAAGCCAUUCGCUUAUUAGAGGAAGAUCAAGAACUGGAAGAAGAAGAACAUCAUGCCACAGCUGACAAGCAUUCUGGGAUGGUCUAUCAGCAUAGAACACCUAAUGUAGACUCUGCUAUCCAAGAGCGUUAUAUUGAGCUCAUGUGUCGGUUUGAUCCUUCUGGUGUGUAUGAUUACUUUAGUACAAAGCUAGGCGACAAUGUGAACCUGGACAAUCUUUUGAAGAGCUGCGAAGAGUAUAAUAUCAUUGAUGCUGUCGUGUGGAUUAUGGAAAAGAAAGGAGACACCAAAGGCGCACUGGAUACGAUGCUAGAAGUUGCAAAAGAAAAAAAUACAACAAUACUACAAAUCAUUAAAGACCACGCUCCUGAAGACGGAAAAGCAUCAGAAGGAAUUCCCGCUAAUCCCCGUCUGUGGACGUUUGAAGAUCAAAGUACAAUAAGUAGCUGCUUAAUAGGUUUAAACGGUGUGCUGCGUGUUGGUACUCUCUUGUGCGAGAAUAGUAGCCGGAUGUCACUGUCAACAUAUACCACAGAGGUGGCUGCCUCUAACGAUGACCGGGACAAAAAUGACGAAGUGGAAUUACUGUGGUUCAGACUAUUGGAUGCCUAUGUAGAAGCAUCUAUUGAGAUUUACGGUGCACUUGAUUCGAUAAAAAAAUCAUCAUCGGCCACAAUACCCCAGGGACUUCAUAAUCACAUAGUGUCAUCCUUCAAAUCAUUCGUACAAUCUAUCCUUGCGUCUUUACUUCUCUCUACAUCACCCCAGGUAUCAUUACCACGUCUACUACUACGACUCAUCCGCUCUCAAACACGGGGAGAGACAACUUUUGCCGAUUUCCGUGACAUUUUGUUGAGUAUGCUUGACACUUACAAAUACGAAGGAAAAUUACUGAAGAUGACGAAUCAACUGUUCGAUCGAGACCUCUAUGAGGGUGUGCAAGAAAUGGUGCGUAAAAAGGGGAGAGGAUGGCGCCCACGACGUGCAGUGUGUGAGAUUUGUGGCGCUGCUAUU